AUGUGCAGCACGCAGCGAUCGCGGGUGUCGAGGAUGCAUCUGACGGGCGCGUCGAGUGGCGCCGUGUCGCCCGACACCAGCUCGACACUGCUCCAUGAGACGUACACGAAGAUGACGUCGGACAUCCUCGCAGAGAGAACGUUAGGCGACUUUUUGUCCGAGCACCCCGGAGAACUAGUGCGGACAGGCAGUCCGCACUUCGUUUGCACCGUUUUACCACCGCACUGGCGCUCGAACAAAACGUUACCAGUAGCGUUCAAGGUGGUAGCCCUCGGUGAUGUCGGAGACGGUACUCUAGUCACCGUACGCGCCGGCAACGACGAGAACUGCUGUGCAGAGCUCCGAAACAGCUCGGCGGUGAUGAAGAACCAAGUAGCAAAGUUCAAUGACCUGAGAUUCGUCGGCCGCAGUGGUCGCGGUGAGUGCUGA